CUCAUGUUUUGGCUGCUGCUCGACUCGGCGGCGCACGUUACAAAACCCUAAAACACAAGGCCUCCCUUCCUCCUCCCCGAACUGCCGCCUCCCCUCCCGCGGCGCCGGCGAGCCGAAGCGACGCGAAGCGAAACGAUGCCGCGGACGACCGUGGUGGAGAGCCCCGGCUGCCCGCCGCUCCGCACCCUUACCACCGACGUCCUCGGCCUCGUCAAAGUCGUCGAGGCCCGCGCGAAGCCUGCGGGCGCCGCCAAGGUCGUCGAGAUGUGGGGCGCGCCCGACGCCUCCCGCGCCAUCGUCACCGCCUCCUUCGCCGACCGCGCAGCCGACCCCGUUUUGGCUGUGGCGAGGAAGAACGGCGUUGUUGAGCUGCUGAAUCCUCUGAACGGCGAUGCUCUGGCUGCUGUCAAGGCCACGGGACCGGAGCCAAAUGAUUCUGGUCCAGAAGGUGAUCCCCUCGUCGCGCUGCAUCUUUUCUCAAGACAGGCUUCAGACUCGAUGUUGGGUACAUUUAUUGCCUGCACGGAGAAAGGCAAAGCAUGUACGAGGUCUGUCGCUAAGGAAAACACAACUUCUGGCACAGACGCUGGGCCUUCAAGCACGUGGGAUGUGUGCAAUGGGGGCAAAGUGCAAUUUUGUUCAGUGGAUCAUGGUGAAAGCUAUGCAAUAUUUGGAGGGCAAGGUAUAGAAGUGAACUUGUGGGAUAUCACAUCUUGUAGUAAGAUAUGGUCUGCUAAAUCUCCUCGAGCUAAUAGCCUUGGUAUAUUCACUCGACCUUGGUUCACUGCUGGAAGUUUCUUGUGCAAGGAUGACCAUCGUAAAAUUGUAGCCUGCACAAAUAACCAUCAGGUCCGCUUAUAUGAUACUGCUUCACAAAGACGACCUGUAGUUUCUGUUGAUUUUAGGGAGUCACCAAUCAAGGCAGUUGCUGCAGACCCCAAUGGACAUGAUGUCUAUAUUGGUACAGGAACAGGGGACCUUGCUUCCUUUGACAUGAGAACAGGUAAAUUGCUGGGAUGCUAUAUUGGCAAAUGCAGUGGGAGUAUUAGAUCGAUUGCUAGGCAUCCUGAGCUACCUUUGAUAGCUUCUUGUGGACUGGACAGCUACCUGCGUAUCUGGGACACAAACACACGACAGUUGCUUUCUGCAGUCUUUCUCAAGCAGCACCUUACGAGUGUGUUUAUUGAUUCACACUUCUCAGUUGAAGAACCUGAUGAAAUGAAGUCCAAGCAACUAGAGCCUUCGGUGCAGGCUGAGACUGAGGUCAGAAAAGAAAAGAAGAAAAAGGAGAGCAGAACGAUUGAGGAGGACGAGGAGCCUUCGGUGCAGGCUGAGGCUGAGGUCAGAAAAGAAAAGAAGAAAAAGAAGAGCAGAAGGAUUGAGGGGGACGAGGAGCCUUUGGUGCAGGCUGAGGCUGAGGUCAGAAAAGAAAAGAAGAAAAAGAAGAGCAGAGUGAUUGAGGAGGACGAGGAGCGAAGCGGGGUGGUUGACCAUGACAAUAGCGACGCUGAAAUGUACACCCCGAAGAGAAGAAAAUCUGGAGAAAGAAGCAAAGGCCUGAAAAAGAAGAGCAAGAAACAGCAAGUCGCCUAGGACAAGUACCUUUGAUCUCAUCACCUGCCUUUUACUUGAUUUUUGUAAAAUUAAACAUUUUCGUGUUGUCGUUUAUUCGAACACAGAAUCUACUGUUCAAGUUUGAAUUUCUGUGCGGGGUAGUUCGCCUUCCUUUUUAUGGCACUGAAUUCUGCAAGUAAUAUAAAAAAUGAAUUAUGGUA